GCUUUGCUCUUGCCCUUGAGCGGGUCGCGGCCCGGCCGCCUCCCCUGGGCAGCGCGGGAGUCUCCAUCCCACCCCACCUUGGGGAUAUGGGCCCCGGUGUCCCCCCCUCCCACCCCACCCUGAGGGUUCCCCCGGAAGCGGUUUCGCCAGGGAUUGGGCGACCAUGGCCGAGUUCGCGGGCCGGCGGGGCAAGCGGCAGGAGGACGGCGGGUUGGGCCACGUCCUCGACCUGCUGUUGGCCAACGCCAGGCUGGUGCUGGGCAUCAGCGGCGCGGCCGCGCUAGCCAUCGCCACGCUGGCCGUCAAGCGGCUGAUAGACCGAGCCACCAGCCCUCGCGAUGAAGGUGAUCCCAAAGCUGAGCAGAAGACCCUGGAGGAGAGCUGGCAGGACUUGGCCUUGAUCAAGGCAACGCCAAAACCCGCCAAGAAGCAGAGAAGGGAAGACCUCAGCCAGCCCCUGCUCCCUCCAGCUCUGCCGCUGGCACCAGAGCCCAGGGUCUGCUCUGCCUCUCUGGAGACUCCUCGGGUCGAAUCCAACCCUCCGCGCUGCCUCACGCUGCAGGAGAAGCUCCUCUUCCACUACAGCAGCCGGCUGGCCGUGCCGAAGGCGCAGGUGUCCCUCGCCCUGCAGCUGGCCAGGAGCAUCUGCCAUCAACUGCAGAACUUCCUGCGGAACAAGUGCCCAGAGCUGCCCUUUGGCAGCCUCUUCCUCAGCGGUCCCCUACUCGAUGGCCUCGGGGCGCUGGCGGCCGACCACAUCCACCUCAUGCUGCCGGUGGUCCUCGACACCACGCUCUGGAGCCUCAUCCCAGGAGAGGACACCGUGGUGAGGAACCCCCAGUACUGGAUGAUCAAGAGGACUGAUCUGGAGUAUUUCCCUCGUGGGCGCAGCCCCUGGGACAGGUUCAUCGUGGGCCGGUACCUCUCCUCCAACGCGCUCAGCGAGACCCUCCACAAGAUGCUGGUGGCCUCCAUCAACUGGCCGGCCAUAGGCAGUCUGCUGGGGAGCAUCAUCCACCCAGUCGUGGCCUCCCAGGAGCUGAAGCUGGAAGUCAAACACGAUCAGGUCGAGCUGAGCAUCACCCUCUUACCAGUGGUGGAAAUGGAGGACAAGGUUCUUCUGGCUGCUCCUCCUGAAGGGCUGGUGGAAAAUCUCUGGCUGGAGAGUUUUUACAGGGCAGAGGUCUCAAAGGUGAAGGAGCUGGAUGCUGGUGACUCCGGGGCUCGGCAGCACUGCCUCCGCAUCCUGAAUGGCAUCUGCAAGAGCCAUCCUGCCCUGCACAAACUGAGCGGCAGCCCCUUGACCCACGUUGUCCUUCACCUCAGUGCCACCAGUUCGGACUGGGCAGAAGAAAGCCUUGCGGACAGGUUCCAGCAGGUGCUUGAGGAGCUGGUAGGCUACCUGGAGAAAGGGGUCCUGCCUUCCUAUUUCAACCACAAAAUCAACCUCUUCUGUGAGCUGUUGGAAGAGGAAAUCGAUGAGAUGGGCUUCACGCUCUACAGGGCCAUAUCCGAGCCAGAGCUCCUGCUGAAGGAGAAAUGACUGGUGUGUCGGGAGCUCCCGAAUGUAGGGUGUUCCUCUCCCAUCUGCUGCUCCCCGCUGUGAGGGUUGCAAUGCUUCUAGUUGACUAGUCAGUAAGAGGCGAAGUUCUUGCACUUUAUGAGAGAUGGAAAAAAAAAAAAAAAAUUUGUCUGAAUAAAACGUGCCUGAACAGAGGUGGGUGUUGGCAUAAGGAGCCUUUGGCUGGGAGGCUCUGCCAAACCCAGGCGAGUGCAGCCCGCACCUCCAGUACCUGCAGGUGAGUCCUGGGCUUUGGGAGCCGACGUGAAGCAUGUUUGGUCUCUGGUUCCCGGUGUCCUCUGUCUGUCCCAGCCUGCUGUCCCAGCUGCCAGGCUCCCCUCGUGCUCUGAGACCAGCAGGACCUGGAGGGGAGCAGCUCCUUGCUGCUGCUGUCUCCUGCAGACCCCACAGGUACAGCGUCCUGGGUGGGUCCUUUCACCAGCACCCAUCUUGGUCUUACUGUGCCAUGCCCUCAGGCCAGCUUUUGGGACAGGGUGGGUGCCUCAUCUAUCUGUAGGAUAUCUGAAAUAAAGCCCCAGUGAUGACCUGAGUGGUUGUCUGGGCACUUGAAGGUAGAGCCAUAGCAAAUGGGGCUGUGGAUUUAUUCUCUGGAAACCCUUUCAGUUGCCAAAAGGGCAGAGCUCAGCCCUACCUCUUCCUUCUGCCGGUAUCGGCUCUGCCCCGAGGAAGGGGUGUGCUUCCAGCAUGGCGCUGGGGCUUUGUGGCCCUUGUCCCACACAGUGUUUUGCUGGAAGGUGUCCCGAAAAAGGUGGUGGCAGGAAGAUUGCUGCCGACUCCUGGGAGACUCCCGGUAUCGGUGGAGGCUGCAGCAGGGCUGUGCAUCCCCUCCCCGGCGGGUCCUCGCUGCUCUGCAGCCAACCACGGGGUCUCUUUCCAGUCUGUCCAGAGACCUUUUCACACAAGUAUUGCUGCUGUCUUGAGGUCCAGGGAACACCCCUGGAGCCCCAUGGUAUGGGGGCAGGAAAGUAGGACAGGAAUGAUGCUCCGAGCAGAGCGCUUGCAAGAACUGAAGUGGUUUCUGCUUUUUAUUAAGAAGGUAUGUUUUGUUUGAGUAUUUUGUUUUUUUCCUUUUGAGUGGCUGCUAGUAGGCUUUGGUUCUGGCUCUAGUCCCAAGGAGAAGGAAUAUAUUAUUGUAUUUAAUAGGAAGAGCUGGUUUUGCACCCUGGUGGAGAUGGAAAAAUCCUGUGGACUUGUGGUUUAGUUUUCUUUACAGCUAUCAUCUUGUUUAUGGGAGGAAAAUAAAUCCUGUGCUUUUCCUCCCACUCUGAAGAUUACUUAGUUUGUUCCUCCAAACCGCUUCCCAGGUGCUAGCGAUGAGAAUAAACCUUCCCUGUGUAUACUGGU